AUGGAAUACGAUAAUGAAAUACGUGAUAAAAUUCGGAUGGAUAUGCCCAAACUAAUUCUGUUUGAUGGGCCGGAAUAUGAAAAAUUAUAGAAGAAAUAUCUAGCUUCAGUUUACAAUAAUAAAGACGUAUUUAUGAAGAUUUUGAGCAUCUAACUUUAAUAUGAAGAUACUGAUGAGCUAUUUGUAAAUAAUAAUAUUUCAAGAAGGAUGAUGGUGUUCUUUUUGAACUAUUUGCAAAACGAAAAUCUUAUCAAAGGAGAAGAGCUGAGUAAAAAGCUUUAUAUGGGUUUCAUAAACAUUAAAUCUUAUGAUGAAAAUGGAAAUUUAGAAUACGAUACUAUGGAAUCUUUUUAGCAAUAUCUAUUCCUACCAAAUUACAUAGAUGAAAUAUUCAAUGAGAUAAUACUUAUGGUUAUGGACCUUGGAAGGUGGUGUUGUAUUUAUAUAAAUAAGUAGUAAAAAAUAGGAUAAUUCUUUGAUUUUAAAAAGUCAGAUAAAAUUGAUAGCUAAGAGUAGUUAGAAGUUUUAAAUGAAAUUAUAUAAGCAGAGUUCAGAUUCAACAUAGCAGAUUAUGAUAUUAGAGUACUUCAGCAAAAUGUUAAUGUAGAUUGCGAUGGCUCUUAUUUUAUCGUAAAUUUACUUUAUAAGUUAAUUCAAGGUGUUCCGCUUGAGAGGUUAGAUUUUAGUGCAAAAGAGAAAGAAAUACUUAAAAUAAGGCUUGAUUGGCUCAUAUUGAAAACAAAAGAUAUGCAAGAAAGCCAGUAAGUUACUAAAAAAGGCUUUAAAAAUAAUAUGAAUGAGGAAGAAGAUAUUAUACUUGAUAAAACACUUUAAGAAAAAUAAUCAAAAUCAAACAAUUAAAAUAGAAGUCUUAGUCAAGCAAGUUAUAAGAAAAUGUAAUACGAUGACAGAGUGGAUGACAGCUAAAAUGAUUCAAUGCUUAUAACUUCUAAUAAUAAAAUAAAUUCAAGAAAACCUACAAUUUUUAUGAACAAAGGGAGAUAGAAAACUAAAGUAAUACCUAUGCACCAAAAUAAUCUAAAUACAAGCUAAGACAACUUGUAAGAAUCAUUUGAUUAUAGAAAUGAACUAAAAGUAAAACCAAAUAAAUAAUAACAGUAUUAGUAAUUGGAUGUUUCUUACUAAGAAUCUGUAAAUGAAAACUUAAAAAAUAUAUGGAAUUUACCUCAGUAAUAAGCAAAUUAAAAAAGUAAUCUGCCAUUGAAAAAAUACAAUUAAGCAGAAGAAGAGCUUAAUUCACUUUGGAAUUUAAAAAAAUAAUUCAAAAAGGGACUCAGAUAAAGACAUAAUUAGCCAGUUCUUAUACCUGAAGAGCAUAAGCAUCUAUACUAAGAAAAGAAUGAAUAACCUUCAUAAUUAAGGAACUUUUAGGAUAAAGUUGUUGAUAUAAUUACUUUCCUUGACUCGCCAGAUAACAAAGAUAUUCAAGAAAGUCCAAUUGUUUAACAAGCCCUAUAGAGAUUGAAGCAAUAAUUGGGAAUAAAAUCAAAGAAUAUAAGUAAAAAAGAAGAAGAAACUGAUGGUGAUGAGGAUGAUUAAAGUGAAACUAACUCAUAAUAGAAUGGUUUAAAGACAAAAAAUGUGCAAGAUCUUAAAAAAAUAUUAAAAUAAAGAAUGCUUGAAAAUGCAACUGGAAAUUUAGAUGCUCUGCUAGAAAAAUAAAAGAUACUCAAUGAUAUUUUAGACUAUGAUGUAGAAGAAAGAAAAGAUUUAGAGAUGAGAUUCGAGAGUGAAAUAAAAAAGAUAGAUAGCAGGUUCUAAGAGUACAUGCAAAAAUACGAUGCCAUGAAUUAGUACGAGAGCUUAUAGUCGAUAUACAGGAAUUCAUACCAUGGUCCACCUGAUUAUGAAAUUUCUUAAAUGAAAAACUCUAUGCAUCUUGAGUUAUAAAAUUAUUUAUUGUCAGGAUUAGGCUUGCCUAGUAAGUUCUCAAACAACCCUUUCUUUUAGUAAUAAAAAGAUCCUAUGAAAAAUUCAAUUUUAAGUAAUAAUCAAGCUAGUUCUUUACAAAAUUCGCAAGUAGUACCUCAAUUUAACUAAAAGAUUGUCAAUUAAAAUAGUUCUAAAAAUGGAUAAAUAUUAAAAAAUAAUAGCAUGAUCAAUCUAAAUAGCUUACAAGAAGAUCCACUUUUUAAAAAAAACCAGAAAGAAAAUAAAUAAUCAGAUAUUAUAGCCCAGAGAUAUAAUGCAGUUGUAACUAAAAAAAAUUUGGUAGAUGCUUUGACUUAAGACAGACUUGAAGAAAAUGUUAUUAAUUUUUUAUUAGGCUAUCUUGAGGAAAAGUACUAUCUAGAAAAUUCAAGAAGCAUAAUGACAAGAGAUGAGAACAGAAUUAUGCUAUUCCCUGUUAAUUUUUAUUCUGAACUAACAUAAAAUAGUCCUCUUGUUAAACAGCAUCAACUGAAUUACUAAGAGGUCAGCAAUUACACGAAAAAUUUUAUGAACAAGCAUACAAUUUUUGAUGAGUUUGAUAAAUUGAUAUUUCCUAUAAAGAUUUCUAAACCGUAGCUUUUCACCCUCGUAGUUGUAGAUAUAAAUGUGAGACAAAUAAUAUACUUUCCCAUUUUAAAAAACCUUAACCUAGAUUAUGUGAGUGCUGAUAAAUAAAAUAGCUUAAAUAACUCAGAUAAUCAAUCAGAUAUUUCAAACAUUCAUAAAAACCCAAUAAAAAAUCCAAUUUCUUUAAAUAUCCUUAAAUAUCUAGAAAAAGAAUAUUCUGUUAAAUGCAUGAAAAAUUUCUAAAUACUAAAUUGGAGUUUAACAAAUGUAAGCUGCAGUUAAACUUCUUCACCUGCAUUAUCUGCCUAUUACAUGAUCAUAUACAUUACCAUGAUAUUUGAAUAGUAGUACAAUUUUCUUUCUAUAACAAACAAUAGUAUAAAAUAAUUUAAGUUGUGGAUGCCUGAAGUAUUUAAAACAGUUGGUAUAACUAAUAAUUAAGUAGGAGAUAUUAAAUUUUUUGUAUCUUAAAAUAAAUGA